CACAACUCCACAUUUGUAUUGAGAUCUAUCCGUGCACCUAUGUCCUCGCACAGCCAGCAGAUUGUGUAUGCGUGUGAUGGGGUCACCAGUAAACAUAGCAGUGGCGCUUCUGAUAAACUCCGAAUAGCUCUAGCCUUGUGAGGGAGUGUGGACUUUUUUUUUAAUUAUAUAUUUUUUUUUAUUUGUAUUUUUCGGGAUCUGAAUUUAAGCGUGGAUUGGAUUAUUAUUUUUCACGCUGUGAAGCUAAAUAUAAGAGGAUACCUGUUACUUUCCAUUUUUGGUUGAUUAAGUUGAGAGCAUCAUCCCAGGUGUGAGGAGUGCACAGCAUGACUCAAGCUGCAGAUACGUGAGAGAGGCUGUGCCCAGAAGGAUAAGCAACUUGCCUUGUUUCUCUCCUUAGUGGAGAGGAGAACACUGGUUAUCUGCUUCAGGAAAAAGGACCAGAGCCCUGGAUUAAUGUGUAUACAGGCUCAACAAGGGAGCAGAGGAUUCUGGGUUACCUGAAGACUUGGAGUACACAAGUGAACAGGCCUGGAUUGAGCCUGUGGCAGAGGGGAUUGGCAUGGCUCAGACCAGCUUUGUGUGAACUCAUCAUGCCUGCCGGCCGUGAUUGCAGACAGGAGCCUUUGCAAAAGUCCGCCACGUACAACAAACGGAUAACAAUACAACACCCCAAAAAUCUAAUUUGCGGUUAUGGCUGUUAAGCUUGACAGCUGCAGCAAUCGUUAGGAUUUUCAAUAUUACCUGAGAGUACAUGCUUUGUCAGUGGCAGGGGAUGCUUUUUGUACAGGCUUAUCUGCCAUGGUAAAUUCAUUGAAAGCAUGAGCCUCUGACCACACAGAGGAGGUCAUCGUCCAAACAAGGAUCAGCUCAGCAAACACUGACCAGGUCAGGAUAUCACAAGAAACCCCUUGGACAAACUUUUUCCUUUGAGAAAGGAUAAGAGCAAAUUCAAGAGGAAAUCUUGAUUGGAUUUUUAGGUGGCUGGAAAGGAUUUACCACAUCGUAUAAAUCAGGUAUGACAAAUACAGAAGGCUUUGCUUCUUUCCACUUCACUCACCAGAUCAGCAUUUUCUAAUUAGAUGUACAGGAAGAGAGGUCAUGGCAGGAAUGCAUAAUGAAAGAAAUAAUUCAGUAGUACCUAAAGUAAAGGGCAACGUACACAUAGCUGACAAAAAAAGAGACAGAUACUUUCUGCUUUUGCCAUUUUGUUGAUGUCAAGGCUGUUUGUCUCAAGUCCACAACCCUUAAAUAUAAUAUAUAUAUUUACUAUAAUAAUGUAACAGUCGCUGUCUUUUUUUUUUUAGCAUUUUUAACAUGCCAUACACACUUACAGCAAAAAUCAUUAACACACUGCUGUGCAAAAUUCUUGUGACUUUAGAAAACCUUAUUUGAAAAAUAACUUCUUAAAUCUAAACUUUUAAUAUGUUAAACAUUUACAAUCAAGCCUUAUUCAAGAGACUAAGGGCAUUGGUAUUAAUCUGUCAGCAUUUAAGGUAUGCCAGGUUCACGACAGUUCAUUGAGACAGCCUGCCUUUUUUCACCCCUGUGAUCUGUGGCAAUGAGAGAGAGGCUUCAGAUUGAGAAAUGUGUAAAGCUUGGGAAUGCAUUACAUUUCAGAAGUCGUGGGGAAAAAGUCGAUGCACUCAGUUUUAAUUCACAGAGGUGCAAAGGUGCAACAUUUUUUAUUUAAGACAAAGCAUCAUUUAACUAUUUGGAAUGCAGGGUAGUAAAGAUGUAAAGUUACACAAAGAUUAGAAUAUUUAUGUAAUGAGUAUAUUGUGAAACAAAAGAUACAUUUUCCCUGUGUGAUAAUCCUGAUAAACAAAUCAUAUAAAUUAAAAAUUAGGGAUACAAAUGAUUCUUUCAGCACAUAUUUAAUUGAGCCAGUGCUGCAGGCAGCUUUUCAAACACCCAGCAAUUCUGAAAACAGGAAUUUGGCUGCGCUUUCAAGGCAUUGUGCAUUAAAUGUACACUUGUGUAUUCUCCCCAGGGGCUCUUGAGUGAUUAGACUGCCAGGCAACACACCCUCAAGAUGGUGCGUCAGUGCAAGUCCUUCGUCCUCUUCCUCAUCAGGAUCGGGCUGCUGCUGGGUCUUGCUAACCCCUUGGUGACCUCUGCCUCAUGUCCCUUAAGUUGCCGCUGCGAUGGGACCUUUAUCUACUGUAAUGACCGUGGCCUGACUUCCAUCCCUACUGGUAUACCCCAGGACGCUACAGUGCUGUUUCUGCAAAACAAUCGCAUUAAGAGUUCGGGCAUUCCCUCAGAGCUUCGAAGGCUCAUAAAGGUGGAGAAGAUCUACCUGUACGGCAAUAAUCUGGAUGAGUUUCCUACUAACCUUCCCCUUGGGCUAAAAGAGCUCCACCUUCAGGAGAACAACAUUCGGAUGAUUACCCAUGCCUCUUUAGCUCAAAUUCCCUACAUCGAAGAACUGCACCUGGAUGAUAACUCUGUAUCAGCAGUCAGCAUAGAGGAGGGGGCCUUCAGGGACAGUAAUCAUCUCCGGCUGCUUUUUCUUUCCAGAAACCACCUUAGCACCAUCCCUUCAGGCCUGCCUAUGAGCAUUGAGGAGCUACGCUUUGACGACAACCGCAUCUCCACCAUCUCAGAGCAAUCGCUGCAAGAUCUCAUCAACCUGAAGCGACUAAUCCUGGAUGGUAACCUGCUCAACAACCGUGGGAUUGGUGAGAUGGCUUUCAUCAACCUGAUCAACUUGACUGAGCUUUCGCUGGUGAGGAAUUCCCUCACUAUGCCGCCAGCCAAUCUGCCAGGCACCUGUUUGGAGAAGCUGCAGCUACAAGAAAAUCAUAUUAAUCGGGUUCCACCUGGGGCUUUUGCCUUCCUUAGACAGCUGUAUCGCCUGGACCUUUCUCUUAACAACCUGAGCAGCCUCCCACAGGGCGUAUUUGAAGAUCUGGACAAUCUCACACAGCUCCUGCUGCGCAACAACCCCUGGCAAUGCACCUGCAAGAUGAAAUGGGUGCGUGACUGGUUGCGGUCAUUGCCAUCUAAGGUGAACGUACGGGGUUUCAUGUGCCAGGGUCCUGAUAAGGUCAAAGGGAUGGCAAUUAAAGACCUAACUACAGAUAUGUUUGACUGCACAGAUUCAGAGCUCUUCUCCACAUACGAGACGAGCACAGUCUCCAACACUCUACGCCCAUCACAGCCCCAGUGGCCUGUGUUUGUGACUAGGAGGCCUAUAAUAAAAGGGCCUGACAUCAGUAAAAAUUACCACAGCACUACCACCUCUUCAGGCAGAAAGAUCAUCACCAUCAGUGUGAAGUCAAGUGGUGCAGAUACCAUACACAUAUCAUGGAGGGUGUCGCAACCCAUGACUGCCCUGCGGCUCAGCUGGCUAAAGCUGGGGCACAGCCCUGCCUUUGGCUCUAUUACUGAAACCAUCGUGCAGGGGGAGAGAACAGAGUAUCUGCUCACGGCGCUGGAGCCAGAGUCUUCCUAUAGAAUAUGCAUGGUUCCCAUGGAGACCAGCAACAGUUACCUGUCUGACGAGACCCCCGUUUGCAUCGAGACAGAGACUGGCUCUCACAAGUCAUACCACCCGACUACAACUUUAAACAGAGAACAGGAGAAGGAGCCUUACAAAAAUUCCAGUCUGCCUUUGGCUGCUAUCAUUGGAGGGGCUGUGGCUCUUUUGGCAAUAAUCAUGUUGGCGCUGGUGUGUUGGUAUGUCCAUAGGAAUGGUUCACUUUUUUCCAGGAACUGCACCUAUAACAAAGGCCGUCGGAGAAAGGAUGACUAUGCUGAGGCUGGCACUAAAAAGGACAACUCCAUCCUAGAAAUACGAGAAACUUCUUUUCAGAUGAUACCUAUAAAUCACCUGCCUGUGUCCAAGGAGGAAUUUGUGAUACACACAAUUUUCCCACCUAAUGGCCUGAGUUUAUACAAAAGUCCACAUAAUGACAACAGUAUUAACAACAGGAGCUACAGAGACAGUGGAAUACCAGAUUCAGACCAUUCCCAUUCAUGAUAUUGCAUACGGACAUUCAUGAGGUGUGCUUGACUCAAACAGAGUGGCAAGACUUUUACAAAACACUGGAUCUAUAAGACUAAGGAAGCAAUGUUCUGUACAUUUGCCAUAUAAUUUAUAUUUAAGGACAUUUUAUGGAGAUGGAGAACGUUCCAGUUGCGGGCCAUCACUGAACCAUCAGUGGGUAUGGUAACCAACUGCAAUUCUAUAUUUUAGGGAUUUGUAGUAAUUUGUACUGUAUUUCCUUUGCUUAAGGUUAUCGACCAACAAAAGAAACUCUGUGUUCUACUAAGAUAUGAUGACUUGUCAACUGUGAAAGUGGGUUUUCAUUGCUGUGUUGAACAAUCAGACUUUAGAAAACCUUGUAGUAUAAGCACAGGUCAUUCUUUUAACUUUGUGGCUGUCAGAAAAACAAAAAGGCAAAAAAAUGACAUGACGUAAACUAAGGCACAGCUGAUCAACUAAUAUACAAAGCAGGCAUGUUGCCAUCUAAAACAAUGAGCAGUCAGUAGCUGUCUCCAUUUAUUAUGGACCAAGAAUCUUACUCCAGUAUUCACCAGGUGUGGAGUACGGAAACUAAAGAUGAGGUGUCAUGCUUUUUUUUUCUCUUUGUUCGGUGUGUUAUUUUGUUCUGUUUGCAGGAAGAAGAAAUACAGCAAAGCAACCCAAGCAGGGUUAAAAUGUCUCUGAUAGGAUUGUAGGCCACAGCACAGGGCAGAUAAAGCACACUGACCUAAAGGAGCCCUCUGCUCCUCGAAACAAGUAGACAGGACAGGCCGACACAGAGGACCCCCACUAUCUCUAUUUGUACAAGCCAACAAUGGCUAAAUGACAAUGGCGGCAUUCUUCAGUACCGUGUACCAUACGUCAUUGUAGUCAUCAGGCCAAAAACACAAAACAUGCUGGCUUUUAUUAGAAUUACACCGUGUCAGCAGCUCUUUCUUGUUAUGAGUAUUAUUUUGUAGUAUUUUUUUCUUUCAAAUGAACACACUUAUGUUGCCACAAUUUGAAGUCAACUGUUAUUUACAAUUGAAAACCAAAGUGCAUUGUAUGCCCUUUGGCCAGUCUUGUAUGUGCCUUGAUCCAAUGCUUAUUGUAUUUAGCUUUUUAAGAAACCAGUGACUUUUUUUCAUACACACUUGAAUAUGAAAAAUAUUGGUCAUAUUACA